GCUAAGCAGCCAGUUUAUACCUCUAAAUAGAUGUACGCUACAAUUUUACGUUGAUAUUUUUAUGUAAGUACGUCAGUAAACGAUGUAGUUUCAUGGCAACUUGUAAAUCAAUCAACCGUCACCAGAUUUAACAUGCUGAGCGAGUGAAAUCUGCAGUUUGAUUUUUCCGUCUACUAGAUCUGUUAUUGUAUCUGCCUGAGAAAAGUGUCGAUUGGCUUCAUCUUUGAUUUGUGAUGUGUACCAAUCAUCUCUACCACCUAAACCAACCCUGGAAAGGUACCUAACCAGACACAUCAGUGGCACACAGGGCCACGAAAGGCUGUGAGCUGUCAGCAGAGCUGGAAACAUGUGGGUUUUUGGUUACGGAUCUUUGAUUUGGAAAGUUGACUUUCCAUACGAGGAGAAACGUGUUGGUUUCGUCAGAGGGUUCAGUCGCAGGUUUUGGCAGGGAAGCAUCGAUCAUCGAGGAGUGCCUGGAAAGCCUGGGCGAGUGGUGACAUUAAUAGAGGAUCAUCAGGGUUGUGUAUGGGGUGUUGCUUAUAAGUUGCCAUCAGGCCGAGAAAAAGAGGUAAAAGAAUACCUAGACUACAGAGAAAAGGGUGGUUAUGUGGUGAUCAAUGUUACAUUUUAUCCCAAAGAUGAAGAACAUAAACCAAUGCAGGACACUUUACUCUACAUUGGAUCCUGCAACAACCCAAAUUACCUUGGCCCAGCGCCUUUGGAGACAAUUGCUCUACAGAUUGUCAAGGCUGUAGGUCCCAGUGGCAAGAAUACAGAUUACCUUUUUGAGCUUGCUGAUGCCCUUCGGCAACUAGUACCUGAAGAUAUCGAUGAUCACCUGUUCUCUUUGGAACGCCUUGUGAAGGAGCUACAGGAGGAGAAGCUGGAGUGAUCUGCCCUAGUCUACAUUGUCCUUAAUCUUCUGAAGAACUCAAGAAUUUAGUCCACUUUUUAAAUUGUCAGUUUAUCAACUAUGACAGCUGAUGCAAUUAAAAAGGGAUUACUUGAAUAGAUAAGCAGUUCUAUAUAGUUUUAAAUAGAUAAACUACUACUGUUCUGUUUUUCCAGAUAUGAUUAUUUAACAUGCUGUCUUUGCUGUUUUAAACUUGGCUUUAAUGUAUGAUCUGAUGUGACACGUCAGAACAUUUGUCUUGUGUUCUACAUGAAUCCAAUCAGGAACUAAAUGGAUUACAGUAUGUUUCAUAUUGUAUUUUAGAUGAAAGUUUGUCAUAACCGUUACGUCCAUGAAAACGUAAUUGAGGCCGAUUUAUGUUACUCAGGAUGCUUGAAUGUUAUGCUCCAAAGCCAUUUUGUCUUUAAUUCCUAUAAUUAAGCCAUGGCAAUUUAUCAAGAUGGACAUAUGAACGUGUUGAAUCUCAUGAAAACACAUUUCACCCCAAAAUCACUAGAAAAAUAUUUGGGGGUUAAAAUUAUAUUUUGCAUAAAUAAAAUUAAGCAUGUUUUAGGAUCAUUAAAUAUAUUUGCAUUCACAUUA